GGCCUGGCCUUGGGGCUUUUUCGGUUAACCACAAAUCUUCAGCUGUAAGUUUUGGUCUUUUUUUCUUCUGAAUAGUCCAGAUUUGUAAAUGGAGCCUGGCUGAUGCCAUAAUCUUUAACUUCUAGAGUUCAUUUAUUUAUUGGUUUUGGUCCCGGGGAUCGAACAGCAGGCACGGUACCACUGAGCAAAUCCCCGGCUCUAGAGCUAAUCUUUAACGUGCCCCCAGGUCAGUCACCCUUGCCCAGGUGAAGAGGUUUCUGAUGCUGGGAAAGAGGUGCCCAGAUAAGCUGCUUCUCUGUCCAUCCCACGAAGACCGGGCAGACCAGGCAGGCAGCUCGCAGAGUCGGCUGCACAGCCGCAGGGUGCUUCACAUCACCAGAAUGGAGCGCAGUCCUGGCCUUUUUAAAAACAAAGUUAGCUUUAAAGUCAUUAUUGUCGCUGUAAGUUUUCUUAUUUAUCUUUUGAUGUAUUCUUAGAAUGUAGACCUUUAAAUUGGAGAGUUUGGAGAAUACCUUUUCAGGUCAGCAGUGCUGUGGCAGCUUUAUUGUGUCUCAGCUUUCCUGUUUAAUGUUUGUGAGGAGCGCUGGGACGUGUGAUCUGAGCUGGAAUCCUGGUGGAAGAGCGUGGCUGUCCAGAGUCCGCCUGCUGCAGGCUGUCGGCCUGGUGCAGCUCGUGGGCUUUGCUGUCUUGGGCCGUAGGCUCAUGUGUGCCUACGGCGUCUCCCGGAGCUGGGUGCAAGGUGGCUCUCCGUCAUCCCCGCCCUGUGGGUUCAUCUGCCCUGCACUGCUCCAGCCCCGCCCAGCGCGUACAAGGAGACUGCAGAGAGGAUCAUGUGGGACUGACUUUAAGGAAGAUGUCGAGGCCCCGAGGGAAGAGUUUCCACACCCAAGCUUGUUUCACAGUCUUGCUUAGAAUAGCGGAGAGUAAAAGUGGGCUGAGCCGUGUUGACCAGUGAAGUUGAUCAUAGAGCACCAUGCAGUCCCCUGGCUCACGUGGGCGAGGGGCGUUACCCCAGCUGCACACGUGAUUUCAUCAGUGUCCCUCCCACACCUCAGAGCAAGUGCCUGGGCAGGUAUGGGAAGUAUUAGAUCGUUUUGCCAUGAGAGACCCGGAACCCAGAGUAACAGUGGCCCACACAGCUUGCGGGUGGUUUCUCGCACAGUUGGGGCCCACGGGGUGCUCCCUGUUACCAAGGAUGGGUUCCUUAUCCAACCUUCAUGGUCAAGAUGGCUGCUCCAGCUCAAGCCAUCAUGUCGGCAGUCCUGCCUGUGGGAGGGAAAGAGGUAUACCUGAGUCAUAAAGGGACACAUCCAGCAGUUGCGUGUGACACUGUCCAGAGCUUGGUUCCACGCCCACAUGCAAUUGUAAUGCAAGUUGGGAAUGCAGCCUGAAUCCCAGGCAGCCUGGCUGGCUGGAGUGAGGGUCCUGCUGCUGCUCAGCUGUGAGGACGGUGGCAGUUCAGCACAGUGGGCUGUGGUGUACCGCCCUGGCUGCUGCUCCGGGUCUGUCCUGCUUCUGCAGAUGCCUCGGCCCGAGUGUGCCUUGGGUCUGAUCCCGGUGCUUCUGCACGCACACUGUUGGCAGAGCGGGCGCCUUCCAGGUGCACAGGUGGGGCCCCCUCUGAUGGGUCAGGGGGCCCAGAGUCCUGUGGCUGGUCCCAGAGGGCGGGGUUCAAGACUUUUCUUACUGUAGUCAGAAUCCCUGUGAUCUCAGCACUCUGGGAGGCUGAGGCAGGAAGACCUCAAGUUCAAGCCCAGCCUGGGCAGUUUGGCAGCUUAGUGAGACCCCGUCCCAAAGUAAUAAAUGAAAGGGUUGGGAAUGUGGCUCAGGGCGAGGGCCUUGCUUGGGUUCCAUCCCAGGACCGCAGAGCGGGAAGGGAAGGGGAGGGGAGAUUCCCAGCAUCUUCGGGGCUCAGGCAGGUUCAGAGCUGGUCGCGCGCUUGGAGGGUGGUGGAUGGGUGGCAGGGAGCCCCAACUCUGCAGUCCAGGGAGGUGGGCGUCCAGUGGGCAGGGCCCAGUGAGGCGCAGGUGCCAGCUGCAGCGCCAGGUGCAGCGCGGGUCACUAAUGCACACGACGCCCCCACCUCGCUGUUCCCCUGGAGACCUGUGCAGCGCGUUUCAGGUCGAAAGGCCAAGGACAUCAUCGCUGCCUCCCGGGAGGCCCUGGCACGGAUGCUGGGCGGGAAGCCGCAGGACAUCGUCUUCACCUCUGGGGGCACCGAGUCCAAUAAUCUAGUGAUCCACUCGGUGGUGAAACACUUCCAGGACACCCAGGCUCCUAAGGGGGACGUCGGGGAGCAGCAGAGCCCCAGGGAGGGGGCCAGGCCCCACAUCAUCACCUGCACCGUGGAGCACGACUCCAUCCGUCUACCUCUCGAGCACCUAGUGGAGGAGCAGGUAGCCGAGGUCACCUUCGUCCCCGUGUCCAAGGUGAGCGGGCAGGCAGAGGUGGAGGACAUCAUGGCCGCCGUCCGCCCGGCCACCUGCCUUGUGACCGUCAUGCUGGCCAACAACGAGACCGGCGUCGUCAUGCCCAUCUCUGAAAUCAGCCAGCGCGUGAAAGCCCUGAACCAGAAGCGGGCAGCUUCCGGUCUACCCCGAGUUCUCCUGCAUACAGAUGCUGCGCAGGUGGUGGGGAAAAGGCGCUUGGACGUGGAGGAGCUGGGCGUGGACUUCCUGACAAUCGUGGGCCACAAGUUCUACGGCCCCAGGAUCGGUGCACUAUACAUACGAGGCCUCGGCAAGCUGACGCCCCUGUACCCUAUGCUGUUUGGAGGUGGACAGGAACGGAACUUCAGGCCAGGGACAGAAAACACCCCGAUGAUCGCCGGCCUUGGGAAGGUAAGCCUGGCAACCCCCCAACCCCAGCGCUGGUGGACCAGGCUGCGGGAGAGCAUGUUCAGGACCCCAGAACGGGCUGACAAGGGGAGCCCUGAUUGCCUUCAUGGCCUGGAGACCCGACUGGAGAUCAGUCAGGCCGCCGAGCUGGUGACCGAGAACUGUGAGGCGUACGAGGCUCACAUGCGGGAUGUCCGCGAUUACCUGGAGGACAGGCUGGAGGCCGAGUUUGGCAGGAAGAGAAUCCACCUGAACAGCCGCUUCCCGGGGGCUGAGCGCCUUCCCAACACCUGCAACGUUUCCAUCCGGGGACCUCAGCUCCAAGGCUACCAGGUGCUUGCGCAGUGCCGGAUGCUGCUGGCCAGCGUGGGGGCUGCGUGCCACUCGGACCACGGGGACCAGCCCUCCCCCGUGCUGCUCAGCUGUGGCGUCCCCUUCGAUGUGGCCAGGAACGCGCUCCGGCUCAGCGUGGGCCGCAGCACCACCAGGGCUGACGUGGAUCUCGCCGUGCAAGACCUGAAGCAGGCUGUGGCCCGGCUGGAGGGGCAGGCCUAGGGUGGCCGCCGACCCUCCUGGGCACCCACAGGAGCCCUGCCCCACGCACCAGGGGCUGUCACUGGCCGUGAGGCGAGCGCCCCCCUCUGUGUCGCGAUCUGCCCGGCACACCUCUGACUUCGGACGUCCUCCUCACCGUGCUGCCAGGGCCGCAUGCCUAUCCCUGUAGGACGGGUGGGCCUGUCCCAAGGGCCCCUUCUGGAAGGUGGCAUUUUGCCCCAAAGAUAAAACCCACAUGCCCAUUCAGUGAGCUACUAUCGUGAAUGUAGGAAAUGGCUGGAGGCCGUGGAGGGCCAAUCCCAGCGACCCGGGGGCUGAGACAGGAGGAUGGUGACUUUGGGGCCAGCCUGGGCUACUUGGCAAAACCCACUGUAUAGCACGGGCUGCAGUGUGACUUGGGGAACACCUGCCGAGCACAUGGACCCAGUGCGGGAAAACACGGGACUUGCUGUGGCUUGGUCUGCACCCCCUGGCAGAGGGGCGCCCAGGGCGCUCGAGCCCCUUCCAAGCUUGGUCCCCAUCAGCCAUGCCAUCCACCGUGCCACACUGACCCGGAGGUGGGAGUCAGAUCAGCCCCAACUCAGUGUCCAUCUUAAUUUUAUUCACAGAAGGUUUAUUUUCAUGAAACGUGCCACUGCACCAGAGGCCGAGCCUCACACAGGAAGGGUUUUCAGGGCACGGCAUUCUGAAUGAAUGGUUUUGAGGAGGAGAGAGCUGCAGUGGUGUCUAGGAAGCAGCUGAGCGAGCUAAUAAAGGGUUUCUAUGCUGGU